AAUGGAUUCAUCUCAAAGUGUAAAUGACAUCGCUCACGUAUUCAAAAUUAUAUUACUUGGUAAGCCCACCAUUUAUCUUAGGAAGCACUGCUGUGGGAAAAUCCUAGAUUUUACUCAGAUUUACUAAAGACUAAUUUAAUCUAUCGACUAACACCACAAUCGGUGUAGAAUUUAGUGCAAAAGUCUUGGAAAUUGAUAACAAAAAAAUUAGAGUCCAAGUUUGGGAUACAGCAGGACAGGAGAAAUAUAGAGCCAUUGCUAAAGCCUAUUACAAAGGAGCGGUUGGUGCUUUUCUAGUCUACGACAUUACAAAAAAAAAUACAUUCCAGGAAGUGGACAGAUGGUUGCAAGAAAUCAGAGAUUAUUCUGAUUAAUAAAACCUAGUUCUAAUGCUUAUUGGAAACAAGGUAACACUGUAAUACAACAAUCCUAGAACGACCUGGAAGCCCAAAGAUAGGUGAGCAAAGAGGAAGCCAUCAAGUAUGCUUAAUCUAAAAAGAUGGGAUUCCUAGAAACUUCAGCCCAAACUGGACAUAAUAUAGAAUUCGCAUUUAAAUAAAUAGCUGAAGGUCUAUAAUCUUAAUAUAUUAGAAAUUUUGAGAGAUAUCAGUGAGACUCAAGACGACGAUGAAUUUGAACAAACUAAAGCCUAGUAUAGUAAGAAUAAAGGCCAUACUUCAAAUGCUUCUGUCUUGAAAGCAGCAGAUCACCAAGUGAAAAAAAAAAAUAAUAAUAAUUCUGGAAGUUGUUGUUGAUUAAAAAUAUGGAAAUUUAUAUAAUAUAAAC